AUGCCGCAUGCAGAGUCUCCCACGCCAGCCGGUCCUCCCACGAUCGCCGGCGUCCAGCUCCAUGUCAACGACGACCUCCUCUCACCCAACGAAGUAGAGCAGCUCAUCCCCUCAUACCCAACAGAAGACCUCGAGGUCCUACGUAAACGCUACCGUGAAAAUGGCUACCUUCUUCUCAAGGGCAUUCUCCCUCGGGAGGACGUUCUCGACGCUCGCGAAGCCUACUUCAAGUCCCUCGAGCCAUCAGGGGUUAUCAAGCCCGGCACAUCACCACGCGACGGCAUCUUUGACGAUGCGAAAUCACCCGGCGACUACCCCGGCAUCGGCGCCGGCAGCGUGAAGAACUCUCGGCCCGGAGAGACGGACCGGUCCGCCAUCUUCGCCGACCAGGCCUUGAAGGCACACACGGAAGACUGGUAUGCGGGGUCCGAAGACGGAAAGGUGCAGGGCUUCUGCAAUCACCCCGCCCUACGCGACUUUGUGGCGAAGUUCACGGGCUGGGGAGACAACACACUCCCUGUCAAGAGGUCACUGUUGAGGAACAACACCCCCGGGAAUAAGGCUAUCGGAGUCCACUAUGACCAGUCGUUCAUGCGCUACGGCGAGCCUACCUCCGUCACUGCGUGGGUUCCCAUGGGCGAUGUCCGGCUCCAGGGUGGAGGCUUGAUUUAUAUGCAAGACGGCGAGAAGCUCGGCGAGGAGAUUGAGAAUGAGUUCACAGCCCAGGCCAAGGCGAAGGGCAUGAGUGAUGAGGAGACGAGGAAUGCCUUCAAUGCGAACAUGAUGACCACGGGAUUCCUCUGCGACGGACCUGCGGACUUUGGGCGCAGGUAUGGGAAGAAGUGGCUUGUCUCUGCUUACGAGGCUGGUGAUGUUGUUUUCCACACGGCGCAUAUGAUCCACGCUUCAACGAAGAACUUUGACCCUGAAGGGCGCAUUAGGCUCGGCACAGAUCUCCGAUUCGUCGAUAAGAGCCGUCCCUGGGACACGCGCUGGGACAAGCACUACAGCUUCAAUGACGGUAUUUGA